UUUGUUAGUGCAUUUUUUUAACAAAUUGUACGUUCUAGGUACUAUAACUUGCACCUUGUUUAUGUGUGCAUAUGUAUAACGCAAACAAACCUAAACAUAUUUGAUUAUCCCUACGAAAGAUUGGAUACCUCAAUCAGGUCGCUUUUUGCAGGAAUGGAAUCUAAAGACGAAUUGAAUUUUAUACUUCGUGGUCUUUUAAUAUCAAAUCCAAAAGUAACAAAGGCCAGUAGAUUACAAGCAGACUUUUUAGAAACUGAAGGAAAACAUUUUCCUUACCGACAGCUUGGAUUUUUAUCAUUUCUUGAUUACCUCAGGUCUAUACCAUCUGUAGUUAAGCUAGUACCAUUUAAUUCUGAAAAUCCAGAUGUGCUUCCAGUUGCAAUGAAAGCAUCCAGUCACAUUGACAAACUGGUUUUAAAGCAACGAAUUACAGCACCGAAAAAGAGUAGUUCGACAUUUUAUAGCAGACGUGGUGGAUACAAUGGAAGACCUAGAAGAAGACCUCCUUGUGGAAUACCUCCAGCGCUACCUAAAUCAUUACCUAAAAAAGUACCAUCAACUUUUGAUCCUGAUUUUAUGAAAAAUGUUCUUUGGGAGCUUUUCAAGAAAGUGGCAGGUUCAAAAGCUUUGCUCAGUUCCCCUAUGCCUUGA